CUGGGAAGCGCGCGCUUAGUCACCAUCGGGUUAAUAAUAGGCCGUGCGCCAGCUGGUAAAACUCUGAACCUCGCCGUAAAGUCUAACAUAUCGCUCCAGAUAGUUCCCAAUCCACGAAAAUCAGAGGUGUACUAAAACCCCUCCCCCAAGAUCCUACUAAUCGAAUUCACCCUCUAAAAUGGAUGACGAUCUUCCUCCUUUCGCUAUGGUUGAAUUCCUCUUUGGAGAUCGCGAUGCUGCCCUAACGGUUAUGAGCCGCGGAAAACGUUUCCAUGUUUUCUUCACAACUGAGGAUCUUCGUGGACCUCAAAGGGAUGAGACGCUGGUGCAGACGUUUCUCAGCUUCCAAAAGAGCAUGGAUAAUGAUCCACACGCUAUGGAGGCGCUUGAAGAGUGGAUGUUGAAGCCGUGUGUUUCCUACAUGGAUCAACUAGCACCAUCAAUCCCCCGUGUGGAACCCCCCUCGCUUGCGGAGUACUUCAACCCAGAGACAUUCUUCCUCAAAUUGGCGAAUAGAGAAGGUCGCCUCGAAGCAAUACGAUGUCCCGACGAUCCUUUAGUAACUCAUUCCCUUACGCCAAGAGUAUCGAUGUCUGAUCCAACAGUGUCAGAAGCCAUCUCCAAAGGUGUACUCCGCAUUCAAGCGUUACAACUAGUGGCUGUUCUGGAGCCAGACGCACAUGAAGCAGACUACGAUUUAAUUCCAAACACGGUUCGGGCAAUUAGGAGAGACACUCAGUUCCACUUUAAAGGUGCAUUCGAACAGGAGUCAUUUAGGAGGGAACUUGACACACUACUCCGUUUCAGGAGUGAUUCCUCUUUUGACGACUUACAUGUCUCAAGGCUUGGCGGGCUUGUGACGUGGGAUGAUGGGCUUUCUAUCAUGGGUCUUCUCGUUGAAUAUAUUCACGGCAGCGAAACUUUAGGAUACGCCGCAGAGGAUGCUUCAAAGGCUGAACGAGGAAAAUGGGCGCAACAGAUACGAGCCACAGUCAAGAGGCUACACGAUGCAAACAUUACCUGGGGAGAUGUGAAGCCGGGUAAUAUUUUAAUUGACGCGGAUGGCGACGCUUGGGUGAUAGAUUUUGGUGGGGGUUGCGCUGAAGGUUGGGUCGACCAAGAGCUAGAGGGCACGAAGGAAGGAGAUCUGCAAGGGUUGUCAAGUAUUGAGAAUUUUCUUGGGAUAAAAGCUAUUGGACAUGAAGCAACAGAAACCUGAAUGCCCAUGGUCAGUGUUCGGAGUACGGCGCCCAUCUAGGAGGUUGG